CACACACACAUUGGAGGGAACCCCAUCAGCUGUGGGAAGCAACACAGCUCCAACUUACUUUUAUUUUUCUAUUCUUGAGAUUGCCUGAUUUUGAAGCGGUAUUUUAGAUAUGCGCCAUUGAGGAGUAACGUUACGGCGAGAGCUCUGAGCUAACAACGUUCAUCAUUACAUUUUAACAAGGACAGCAGUGGAGGAAGAAAAAAACACAGAAAACACGGACUACAGAAGGUGGCUUUGAAAGCAUGGAAUAUUUCAUGAUGCCGACAGAGAAGAUACCGUCCUUACAGCAUUUCAAGAAGACGGAGAAGGAUGUUAUUGGGGGUCUCUGUAGCCUAGCCAACAUCCCCCUCAGUCCGGAGACAGCCCAGGACCAGGAGAGACGAAUCCGCCGUGAGAUUGCCAACAGCAACGAGCGCCGGCGCAUGCAGAGCAUCAACGCCGGCUUCCAGUCCCUCAAAACACUCCUGCCCCACACAGAUGGAGAGAAGCUCAGCAAGGCGGCCAUCUUGCAGCAGACAGCAGACUAUAUCUUUGCCUUGGAGCAGGAGAAGACGCAGCUCUUGGCACAGAACAACCAGCUCAAACGCUUUAUCCAGGAGUUCAGCGGCUCAUCACCCAAAAGGAGGCGAGCAGAAGAGAAGGAUGAGGGGAUCGGGUCCCCCGACACGCUGGAGGAGGAGAAAGUGGAGGAGGUCAGGAGGGAGAUGUUAGAGCUGCGGCAGCAACUGGACAAGGAACGCUCGGCGCGCAUGCAGCUCGAGGAACAGGUGCGAUCUCUGGACAGCCAGCUGCAGCCAGAGCGUCUGAAGGUUAUCACUCAGCAGGUGGAGGAGGAGCAGGCGCUCAUCCAGAGCCAGACGCUGUUACGGCUGCAGCAGAUCCACGCCGCUGACAGACAACCACACAGUCCACAGGUGCUGGCUCCUCCCACUCCCCCUGCCCCAACCCACCACCCCACGGUCAUCGUUCCGGCCCCAACACUAACCCAGCACCCUCAUCACGUCACCGUGGUGACCAUGAGCCCGUCUGUCCACACCAGCACUGUGUCCACAUCCAGACAGAACCUGGACACCAUUGUGCAGGCCAUCCAGCACAUCGAGCGUGCUCAGGAGAGGAGAGCGAGCGCCGAGGAGGAGCAGAGACGAGCCGUCAUCGUCAGCCCCGCCCACGUCGCCAUGGACACUGCCUGCUCAGACACGGACACCGACACAGAGGGCGAGGACUGCUCAAUGAACUGAUCCACCCCAUGAACUCACGCACACACACAAACACUUAAAAACACCUACUCACUGUAAGAUUCCCUCCAGGAGCUUGACUACUUUUUAAAAAAAAUCUGUCUUUGGCAUUAUCCAAACUCCUAAAUCCAGUGGUUAAGCUCUGUGUCAGUCUUGUACUGUAAAAUCUGUGAAGAUUGAAAACAUAGGAUGGUCAGCGUGCAGAGGAGGGCCCCCCCCCCGUCUGAUUUCUAGAGGCUGUUUUUCAAUGUCAGAGCCGGUCUGUGGCUACUUGAAAACUUGAGGGUCUCCUCGUGUAAAAAAAACAAAACAAAACAAAAAAAAAACAAGCUAUCAGUCCGUCCUUCAUGUGUGUUUAUGUGUGCUACAUACAGUCGCAGUAUCACAGCUAACUGUCGUCACUGGCACGCUGACAGUAUUAUUCGUGCUACAAAUUGGUGGAGCCAGUGCAGUGAAGAGUUGAAUGUAACAACACAAUAAGAGAGCAGCUAUAGAUUCUGAAAAAAAGCUGCAGUUCUUCUUCCCCAGUCUUAAUGAGUUUGUUUUUCUUUGUUUCCCGGUUGGCGAGGUGAUAUUUCAGCACCAGCGGCCACAGAACCCGACUUAAACUACAACAGAAGGCAUUUUUAAAUUAAGAGAUUUAGGGACAAAUUCAAACUUGAUUGCAAAAUUAAUUUGAGGAUAGAUGUUGAAUGAAAUUGUGUCUGAUUUACUUGAAAAACAAGGAUGUGCUUUUGAUAUCUAAAUAAGCCCUUAAAAAAAUAAGCUGUUGAACAAUUUACAUUGAUCGUCUUUUGGUUUUAAUGUUUUUUCAUGUUUGUGUUUUUUCUUUUCCGUCAGGGUUACUGAAUGUCGAAGGUGAACAUUUUGUUAUAUUGAGAUUAACAACUUAAAAUUGGAGGUUUGUCAGGUUUUCACAGAGAACCGGAGGCCUUGAGAUGAAAUCUGAAGGUCUGAUUUAAAGGUACACUAUGCAGGAGUAUUGGUUACUGGUUGUGAUGCGCUCACCAGCGAAAGUGACGCAAAAGCCAACCACAGAUUUACUCUUGUUUGGCGUGCGACCUCGCUAUAUUUUUGGGUUUUUGGUGCUGUAUCUCUUGGAUGCCUGCUUACGAUUGGGCACCUGGUUGCUGCCCGUCACCUGAGUGCUGUGGGGUCAUAUACGUCCCGAGCAAAGAGAAAAUAAGAAAAUACAGGCAGCAUGCAAGGACUCUACACAAAAAAUACACCGCCACACACUUCUCAUGAUCACUGAUGAUUUAGAGGGAUCACCUCUGUACGAGUCUAUACUUUGUUUUUUAGGAAAAUCCUGUAUAGUAUACCUUUUAAAUCUUGACUUUAAAAAAGACUUUAAAGAACCAAAACUUGCUUCAUUGUGGGAACACGAGCAGCGUUUUAGUGGCUGUUAAUUUUCAAUCAAUCUCAAGACAAUUUGACUGAAUCAAACUUGCAUCUGAAAAUGUGGAAAUUUUGGCUGACGUGAAAAUCUGAAACAUAUUGACGCGAUUCACACGUUUGCGUGAAGGCUUCCGGUUUUCCUCCAAAGACUUCCAGUCUAUCUUCUGGUCUUGGUUUGUUGAUUUCAGUGACUAUGCACUAGUUUUUCGGUAUUUAUGCAAUUCCAUCUUCAGUCCAUCUGUCGGUGUCGUUUAUACAUGAGGUGAAGUUAUCUAUGCACCGUUGAUAGGUGUGUACAUUACACCUACAGUAUAUGUAUGAAACUUAACAUGCUUGUGUCAAAAGAAUGUAGUCUCUACUUGCAAGGUGCUCUUUGUCAACCUGGUGCUGUGCUGACCAGCAGCGAGCCGAGGCCCCAAAACCCCUUCGUGUAACUUCACUCUUGAUCACGUUUAAUUACGUGUCUGAAUUUUUUUUCACUCAAAAUGAUACGCAUCAUUUCCACAUCUUGGAAUUGCUUAGGGAGCAGGGAGGAGAUUUUGUGCUAUCUCAUUGUGAUAUUUACACACAUCAAUUUAAAAAAAAACAUUAAAUACAGGCAUCUGUCUGAACUCAAAAAGCAUCGUUUGGGAAAAGAAAUCUAAGGAAGAGAUCUCAGCGGCUUUAGUUGGAAAACUAAUCACGUGCUGAUGAAGUGCAGAACUCUAAUGACAAGCACUGAACUGAAUUGCAGAUCUCUCCCCAAACCCCCAUUUCUCUCUAAAACGCACCACGUCUGUCCACCUCAUGUUACGUUGCUUAUAUUUCUCGGGAACUUGACUGGAAAUCCCUGCUCGGAGCCUCCCUCCUGUCAUACUCGAUUUGAUACGCUGACUUGAUGCUGUAAACAUUCCUUUUAUUUGGAUUUGUAUCUGUCUUUUGAUCUCUUAUAUGUUCUGUUGCCAAUUGAAUGCAUGUUACUAAUUGCUGUUUUCUCUUGUCUAAAGCGGGCUUUUGUUUUUGACUCUUUUUUCACAGGUUUUCCUUUUUCAUGAACAUGUGAGUGAUGCGUUCAGUGUGAAAUGUCUUGUGUGAGAUGUGUAGACACUAUCUGGACACUCGCUGACAUCAGUUUUAUAUCUGGUUAGAUUAGUGUUUCUCAUGCCGAACAUGGUGGGAAAUUCUCAUAUUUUGUUUGUGAAACUUGGUUCAAGGGUUUGGUGUUUCGCCGACGAAUGGUGAGCCACAGGCUAAGUUUAGACUGAGGUUUGUGAUUGGUCAGCGAAACGCUUUACCCCAAAUGUUUCUGUACAUUAUGUUGCAGCACUGCUGUCUUUUGGUGGAGUUUGAGAUGUUUGAUAUGAAGCACUUGCUGUUCUGUACUGCCUGAAUCAAUGAUGAGGAAGAUUUUUUUUUUUUUUUUGCCAUUUAUAUUUCCUUUUGUAAACACUUUGCUGUGAACUCAACAGCUGUUUAUUGUGUUCUGCUUUUCAGUCUUUUCUGUUUUAUUUUUCUUGUCCGGUUUUCCAUUUUUGGUGACAAGCAUUUUUUAUAUUUUUGUGAUUUUUUUUUUUUUUUGGUUAUUUUUCCCAUCAGUCCAGGUCGAUGAGAAGCUGUUAUAUUUUGUUUAUAAAAACUUGGGUAAACAGGCCUUUGUAAAGAUGAAAAAAAAAUAAAAUUUGUACUUUUUUUUAUUACA